AUGUCGAAGUCUGGGAUGAAUGGAGUUGAGAAGCAAAGCAGCAUACCCACAAGGCGUGUAGCGAAUCCCGGGAAGGCAACGGUGCUUGCUCUUGGCAAGGCCUUCCCAAGCCAAGUGGUUCCUCAGGAGAAUCUCGUGGAGGGAUUUCUACGUGACACCAAAUGUGAUGACGCCUUUAUCAAAGAGAAGCUGGAACACUUGUGCAAAACUACAACCGUGAAGACACGUUACACGGUGUUGUCGCGAGAGAUACUGGAUAAAUACCCUGAGCUAACAACAGAGGGCUCACCAACAAUCCAGCAAAGACUUGAAAUUGCAAAUGAAGCGGUUGUGGAAAUGGCAUUGGAAGCCAGUUUGGGUUGCAUCAAGGAAUGGGGAAGGCCAGUGGAAGACAUCACUCACAUCGUCUAUGUUUCCUCAAGCGAGAUCCGAUUACCCGGUGGUGACCUUUACCUCUCUGCAAAGCUAGGCCUGAGGAAUGACGUGAACAGAGUGAUGCUGUAUUUUCUGGGAUGCUACGGAGGUGUGACUGGCCUCCGCGUGGCCAAAGACAUUGCUGAAAACAACCCGGGAAGCCGUGUUCUGCUUACAACCUCUGAAACUACCAUCCUCGGGUUUCGCCCACCAAACAAAGCUCGUCCUUACGACUUGGUUGGGGCUGCUCUGUUUGGAGAUGGUGCAGCUGCAGUGAUCAUCGGGGCAGACCCGAGAGAGUGCGAAGCUCCUUUCAUGGAGCUGCACUAUGCUGUUCAGCAGUUCUUACCUGGGACACAGAACGUGAUCGACGGGAGGUUGACUGAGGAAGGCAUAAACUUCAAGCUAGGUCGAGACCUCCCGCAGAAGAUAGAAGAUAACAUAGAAGAGUUCUGCGAGAAGCUGAUGGGAAAGAUUGGUGAUGAGUCCAUGGAGUUCAACGACAUGUUCUGGGCUGUUCAUCCCGGAGGACCUGCGAUUCUGAACCGCCUGGAGACAAAACUGAAGCUGGAGAAAGAGAAGCUAGAUAGCAGCAGAAGGGCGUUGAGGGAUUUCGGGAAUGUGAGCAGCAACACCAUACUAUAUGUGAUGGAGUAUGUGAGAGAUGAGCUGAAGAAGAAAGGCAACGCAGCACAAGAGUGGGGACUUGGCUUAGCUUUCGGACCUGGAAUCACCUUCGAAGGCCUUCUCAUCCGCAGCCUCACCUCUCCCUGA